CGUAGGAAAUCAUAAACACUGCAGUUAUCAUCAGUAGCUGUAGCUGCAAGACACUGUAUUCUCGUCCAGCAAAUACAGUAGGAAAGGACCAGGCCAGGAUGGCUGCAUCGUGUUCCCCAAUGGACCCAGAUCUAAUGAGGGAGGUUCUUGAAUGCCCCAUCUGUUUGGAAACCUACAAUUAUGAACAACUGAGACCCAAACUCUUGCAGUGUGGCCACACGGUGUGUCGGCUAUGUCUAGAAAAACUGCUGGCUAAUACCAUCAAUGGUGUCCGCUGCCCCUUCUGCAGCAAGGUCUCUCGAAUGAGCAGCAUCUCCCAGCUGGCAGAUAAUCUUACUGUGCUCAAGAUUAUAGAUUGCACUUUGUCCUGCAGUGCUGCUGCCGCUGCACUAAUGUGCAAGUCCUGCUGCAGCCGCCUACCAAGACAAUACUGUCACGAUUGCUCCACAGUUCUCUGUGAAGUCUGUAAAGGGGAGGGCCAUCUGCACCAAGGCCAUUUAGUUCAGUCGAUUAAGGUGGCUGCUGAGCAGCGGCGCAAAGAACUGGGUGGUAAACUGGCGACGCUCCGUGAUGUCAUGAGAGAAAUUCAGAAGAAAAAGACAGCAAUCGAAAACGUUUCUAAGUCCUUGAGACAAAAAUAUCGAGCAGUUCAGCAGGAGUACACCACAGCUGAGCUUCAACUUCAAGAGGAGCUUAGCAGAUCUAGAAAGAUAUUUGCAGCCGCCUUGGGAGAAGUGGAAAAACUCAAUGCGCAGGUCCUAGAGGAGCAGACAUACCUUCUUAAUCUUGCAGAGGUAAAAGUGGUGUCACGCUGUGAAUACCUGACUGUGCAAGUAAGGCAAAGUGAUAUUGUCUUGCUAAAAGACGAUGGUGCAGGAAGUGAUGAUGAAGAGCUGGAUUUGAGGAGCAGUUUGUCCUCCCAGUUUCAGCUGCAGGAGCCAGCGCUGGUCAGAAUGGAGCACUCUGAACCUUUAGACGUUGGUCAUUUGACAACGAACACUUACACUGUUAAUACAGAUGAUGAUGAUGAGGGGGGGUUAGAGAAUGCAUUUAAGGGUGAUUUAGAGGAUGUAGCUGGUCCUGUAGGUGCUACAGGAGGUGCAGUAAGAGUUUCAGAGGAUCUUUACAGAGAUAUUGACAUGGUUUCAGCAGCAGACAGUGCUGUUUGUGGGUCACCAGGCAGCUUUAAAUCAAAGUCAAUGGAUGCAGGAGGGGGGUCAACUGCUGGGGCAAGGUCAGGGCCACCUGUCUGCCAAUUCAUAAAGAAGAUGGGCUGUAAGGGCGCUCUAGCUGGAAUGUUUAAUUUACCAGUCAGCAUCUGUGUAACACCUCAAGGUGAGAUACUGGUAGCCGAUCGUGGAAACUGCCGCGUCCAGAUAUUCAACCAUAAAGGUCUCCCACGUGAAAUCCGACGCAAUGCCAGCAUUGACAACUUUGUCCUUAGCUUUUUUGGGGCUGACUUACCUAAUCUAAUCCCCUUAUCAAUCGCUGUGACUCCGCAAGGCCUGAUUGGUGUGACUGACAACUAUGAUAACUCAGUUAAAGUAUACACGUUGGAUGGACACUAUGUAGCUUGCCACAAAAAUAAGCUGAUUAAACCCUGGGGAAUUGCAGCCAUGCCAUCAGGCCAGUUUGUGGUGUCAGAUGUGGAAGGGGGCAAGCUGUGGUGUCUUGCAGUGGAUCGCAAUGUAGGCGUUGUCAGCUACAGACGACUGUGCUCGGCCGUCCGACCAAAAUUCGUUACAUGCGAUGCAGCAGGAACAGUGUAUUUCACUCAGGGCCUGGCCCUGAACUUUGAAAAACAACAGAACGAGCCCCACCUGGAGGGCGGCUUCUCCAUCGGUUCAGUGGGCACCGACGGCCAGCUUGGUAAACAGCUCAGCCAUUUUUUCUCAGAGACGGAGGACUUCCGCUGCAUCACUGGCAUGUGUGUAGAUGCUGACGGGGACCUGCUGGUUACAGACAGUGGCAGGAAAGAAAUCCUCCGGUUUCCCAAAGAAGGCGGGUUUAAUAUUUUAAUCCAAGAAGGGCUAACCUGUCCUGUAGGAGUGGCCACCACUCAGAAAGGACAGUUGCUGGUGCUUGAUUGUUGGGACCACUGUGUCAAAGUCUACACAUACGUUCAUAAGCGGCAUUCUUCCACGUCCUAGAACGACUGUCCCUUCUUGUGUCCCAUGAACUUUAGAAGUUUAGUAGGUGCGUUUACACCGGUUUGUUUUGACCAAGGAAGACCCAAACUCUUGUCCCUUUUAGAAUAGC